AUGGCGGGCCCGCUGUGUCUUGUUCUGCUCGGCGUCUCCCUGGCAGGCCUCCUGCUCCCUGGUGGCAGCGUGUUCCUCAGCCCGGAGCGCGCCAGCAGCGUCCUGGGGCGCGUCCGCAGGGCAAACUCGUUUCUGGAAGAGAUGAAGAAAGGGAACCUGGAAAGAGAGUGCAUGGAGGAGACGUGCUCCUUCGAGGAGGCCCGAGAAGUCUUCGAGGACACCGCCAAGACGACUGAAUUCUGGAAUAAAUAUGCAGAUGGUGACCAGUGCGAGAGCAGCCCUUGCCAGAACGAGGGCCGCUGCAAAGACGGCCUCGGCGAGUACACGUGCGCCUGCUUGGAAGGCUACGAAGGCAAAAACUGCGAACUCUCCAUGCGGAAGCUCUGCAGUGUGGACAACGGGGGCUGUGAGCAGUUCUGCAGGGAGGAGCAGAGCUCCGUGGUGUGCUCCUGCGCCAGUGGCUACGUCCUCGCAGACAACGGCAAGUCCUGCGUCUCCACAGAGCCUUUCCCCUGCGGCAAAACCACGACGGGGCGCAGUAAAAGGUCCGUGAUUGACCACGGUGGCCAGGGUCCCUCAGAGGCCGAGGCCGGCAUGCAGGAACAGUACGACCCCGGGGACCUGCCCGCCACCCAGAGCACCCUGUUGCUGCUGCCGUUCAACGAGACAGACGGCAGCCCCGGGGAGGACUCGAGCAGCGUGAUCCGGAUCGUGGGCGGGCAGGACUGCAAAGACGGCGAAUGCCCCUGGCAGGCUCUGCUCGUCAACGAGGAGAACGAGGGCUUCUGCGGAGGCACCAUCCUGAGCGAGUACUACGUCCUCACGGCGGCUCACUGUCUCCAACAGGCCAAGAAGUUCACGGUGAGGGUAGGCGAACGGAACACGGACACGGAGGAAGGCGACGAGGUCGCACACGAGGUGGAGAUGGUCAUCAGGCACAACCGCUUCGUCAGGGAGACCUAUGACUUCGACAUCGCCGUCAUCAGGCUGAGGACGCCCAUCACCUUCCGCAUGAACGUGGCGCCCGCCUGCCUGCCCCAGAAGGACUGGGCCGAGUCCACGCUCAUGACGCAGAAGACGGGCUUCGUCAGCGGCUUCGGGAAGACCCACGAGAAGGGCCGCCCGUCCAGCACCCUCAAGAUGAUGGAGGUGCCGUACGUGGACAGGAACACGUGCAAGCUGUCCAGCAGCUUCAGCAUCACCCAGAACAUGUUCUGCGCCGGCUACGACUCGAAGCUCGAGGACGCCUGCCAGGGGGACAGCGGGGGCCCCCACGUCACCCGGUUCGGGAACACCUACUUCGUCACAGGCAUCGUCAGCUGGGGAGAAGGAUGUGCGCGCAAAGGGAAGUACGGGAUCUACACCAAGGUCACCAACUUCCUCAAGUGGAUCGACAGAUCCAUGAAAGCCAAGUCCACAGCCCCGGCGCCCAUGGGGGACCCCGCCCCUCAUUAA